ACAAUAGAACAUUUUGCUUUUAAAUUUAUUUUGAAGUGUUAUGUUUGGUUUGAGUUGGUCAUUAUGUUGAUUGCAAAUGGGUUAAUUAGAGUGAUUUACCGGAAGUGAUGUUUGCCAACAUGAGAGCUGCGAUAAUACUUGUUUAUAUAUUUAUGGUAUUACCGGGGCCUUCGUACACUGCGGAUAGUUUAGGACUGCUGGCUGGCACUUUAAAGACGAUACAGCGGGCGGCAUGUUACGACGAAGAUGUGUCAUUGUCGUGUGCUAAAGGGACCUAUAUUAGUAUACAAGUCGCUCAAUAUGGGAAGGCAUCCCCGGGAGGUUAUAAUUGCAAGACUGAACCACAAAACGUAUCUGAUGUUGAGAAGUGUCUGCGGCCCACUGCUAUGCAGUACUCAAUCCUCCAAACGGUAGUGGUAGCCUGCCAGAAGAAACCAAGUUGCAAAUUCAGCACCAAACUGAAACCAGGCACAGCAGAUCCUUGUCCACAUGCAAGAAACUUCGUGGAAGUCGCUUUUAAAUGCAGACCUCAUGAAUUCCGGAGUCGAACAGCAUGUGAGGACGAUAUAAUAAAGUUAAGUUGCAGCCCAUACUCUCGGCUGGCCAUCUACGAAGCUCACUAUGGAAGAAUCGCGUAUGAGGCUCACUCUAUGACCUGCCCGCAAGCCCAGGGCAUAGUCGAUGAAAGUUGCACAGCCCCCUACGCAUUGGAAACCGUGAUGCAGUUAUGUCACGGAAAACGGCGAUGCCUCGUGGUUGCAAAUCGCAAAACGUUUGGGUCCCCCUGCAAUCCAACUUCGAGGGCGUACCUUAAAAUUGCGUAUGCGUGUGUGCCCUUAGGUGUAUUGAUAGAUAGAUACGAGAGUCCGGCAGCAAAGGAUGAAGUAAUACACACACAGGUCAUGAAUCAAGAUGAGGGGCUAUUUGAUGAUUCAGAUACCGGUGAGCAUUGGGAGGGGAAUGUUGCAACACCAAUUGCUGAUUCAGCGCUGCAACCUCCGUCGGAUGACAUUCAUCUCUUGUUAGAAAAGGAAAAGGCUUCGGAAACCACCGCCGGUUCUGUAAAUAGAACAGGUGAAAGCGGUUAA